AUGUUGGAGACCAUAGCACUGGGGAAUAUCGGGGUGGUUUCACUUCGGAUGGGAAAUCUGCACGCCGCUCAGGCGCACUUCGAGCAAGCGCUCGAGCAGUGCAGUCUGGUUGGGGAUAAAAGCGGUGCGGCGGUUUGCUUGUUGCUCCUGGGGGAGAUUUAUUUGGAUAUUCACAACUACUUUCAUGCGCUUUUUUUCUUCGAGCAUGUCCUACGGCUUGGUGGGGAGGCUGGAAUUCCAGAUAUUGUCGAUUUGGCUCGCGUGAAUAUCGGUAUUGCGAAAGGAAACGCCGCAAUGCGAGACAUGGUAGCCGGACAUGCACGGGCAAUGCAACAUGAAAUGGAUGUUGAAACUAUUAUCAGUGUACUUCCACGCUGA